AUGGGUAUCUCUCGCGACUCGCGCCACAAGCGCUCGGCCACCGGUGCUAAGCGCGCCUACUACCGCAAGAAGAGGGCUUUCGAGAAGGGUCGCCAGCCUGCCAACACCCGUAUUGGCACCAAGCGCAUCCACCUUGUCCGCACCCGUGGUGGCAACCAGAAGUUCCGUGCUCUCCGUCUCGAGUCCGGUAACUUCUCGUGGGGUUCUGAGGGUGUUUCCCGCAAGACCCGUGUCAUCGUUGUCGCCUACCACCCCUCGAACAACGAACUCGUCCGCACCAACACCCUGACCAAGUCCGCCGUCGUCCAGAUCGAUGCCGCUCCCUUCAGGCAAUGGUACGAGGCCCACUACGGCCAGCCCAUCGGUCGCCGCCGCCAGCAGAAGACCGCUGAGGCCACCGAGGAGAAGAAGAGCAACAGCGUCGUGAAGAAGCAGGCUGCUCGCUUCGCCGAGUCCGGCAAGGUCGAGUCCGCCAUCGAGAGACAGUUCGAGUCCGGUCGUCUGUACGCCGUCAUUGCUUCUCGUCCCGGCCAGAGCGGCCGUGUCGACGGCUACAUCCUGGAGGGUGAUGAGCUUGCGUUCUACCAGCGUGCUAUCCGCAAGUAA